AACAUCUCCAAAGUACACAAACAAAACUACAACAUGACGGAAGAGUUUGAGAUCGCCGGAAUUUCUACCGGAACUUGGUGGAGUUCGCCAACAAACACCGCCGCAGUAUUCUCCCGCUACUCACUGCCACGUUCUACUGAGAUUAGCCUUGAUGUAACAAAUUUCGGAUGGCAAAACAUCGAAAACAAGAUUAACGAUCAAAACGAUGGUUUUAUGAACAUGCAUAAUAGUUUCUUCGAAGGAUUAUUCGAUCCUAACGAGCAAUUUCUAUCGGAUUCUUGGCCAAAUACUACUAUUCCUAACACAAAGUCCGAGCUGCUCGAGAGCUUUCCGCUCUAUGAUAACGUGUUCUUAAUCGAUUCAGAAGCUGAAUCUUUCUUGGAUAAUGAGAUCAGAGACCAUAAGUCUAAGGAGCAAAUUACAAAAGACUGCAAGACUAUUAUUACUUCAAAGCCUGAUGAAGAAUUGGAAGAGAACAGCGAUGAAUACUCACCGCGGCUACUAAAAAGACCAAGACUCGAAACACUAUCUCCAUUGCCAAGCUUCAAAGUUCGUAAAGAAAAACUCGGAGAUCGAAUCACUGCGCUUCAGCAACUGGUUUCACCAUUUGGCAAGACAGAUACAGCUUCUGUUCUCAACGAGGCUGUAGAGUACAUCAAGUUUCUUCAAGUACAAGUAACUGUAUUGAGUAAUCCAGAGCAGAACACCAUAGGAUCUGUUCAACAACAGCAGUGUUCAAACAAGAAAUCUAUCAAUACUCAAGAAGAAGAAGAAUGUAGCUCAAGAAGACAAGUAGAUCUCACGAGCCGUGGGUUAUGUCUGAUGCCUAUCUCAGCUGCCUAUCCGGUGGCUGCUGCCGCAGCUUCGGCUGCAGAGAUGAAACAUCUGAUUUUUGGAAUCUUCCAUUCUGUGUAA